UGGCUUCUGGUGCGGACUGCCUCACCUCUCAAAGCCCCUCAGACAUGCAGGAUGAAGAACUCUAUACCUCUCUUCAGUGGGACACUCCAACACCACACCCUUCCCAGAAACAUCAGUCUUCCACCAAAUGUUCAGGAUCAUGGUGUCUUAUGAUGGUGAUAGCCUGUGUUUUCUGCGUGGGCUCAUUAACUGCCUCCGUUUUCCUGGGUAUUAAGUUGUUCCAGGUGUCAGCUAUUGCAAAGAAGCAGCAAGAAAAACUCAUGCAACAAGAGAGAGCGCUGUUGAACUUCACACAGUGGAAGACAAGCCAUGAGUUCCAGAUAAGAUAUUGCCAAACCUUGAUGCAAAACUCUUUCAGAUCAGCUCCUUGUCCAGACAACUGGAUUCAGAAUGGAAAUAGUUGCUACCGUGUCUUCGAAACUUGGAAUAUUUGGAAAAAUAGUAAAGAGGAUUGUUUGAAGGAGGGCUCUCAUCUUCUACAAAUAGAGAGCAAAGAAGAAAUGGACUUCAUCGCUGGCAGCCUGAGAAAGAUCAAAAGUGGCCAGGAUUACUGGGUGGGGCUUUCUCAGGAUGGACCCAGCCAACCUUGGCUUUGGCAAGAUGGCUCCACUCCAUCCCCUGACCUGUUACCAAUAAAGAGAGCCCAAUCAACUCACCAGCUCUGUGGAUACUUCAGAGACAAGGUUCUUUUCCCCACUAACUGUACCGCUUGGAAAUAUUUUAUCUGUGAGAAGUACACGUUAAGAUUCCCUGCCUGAAAGAAGCUGAUUUCGAAGAAAUGCCAACGAGCAAAUGCAGAAGUGAACUUCUAUGUGGGCUAAACUAGCUACGUGGGACUCAAAACUUAUUUUUGCAUUUACCAUGGGUAAUAUUCCUGCAUGCUUCACAGACAUCCUUUUGACAGUGUUCAAAUUGCCAAGAAUAAAAUUGAUUUAAGACUACAGAAGAUAAAACCCUGAAAGGUUGAAAACAAACUGAAGAAAAUCACUUCCAUUUGUCGUUUUGUUUUUGUUUUUAAUCUAGAUUGACCAUAAACUCUAUACAGAAAUAUAUGUCACUAAGGAGAUGAUGCAGUUCUAGCUGACUAAUUUUUUAAAUAAAUAAAUGCUGACUUUAAAACUCA